CAUGACUUUGUUAUGAGGCGAUGCGUGAUGCAAAGACGGCAAAACGCCAAAUUUGCAUUGCGUGGAUAGAUUUGAAGAAUGCAUUUGGUUCAGUGCGCCACAAUCUGAUACAGUAUGCUCUAACCCACUACAGCCUUCCUUUGCAAUUCAGGAAAUUAAUUUUUUCCUACUACGACAGUCUUUGCGCUUUCGUCGUACAACCACACACCCCCACCUUUAAUUACAACAUUGGUGUUUUCCAGGGGUGCCCCUUGUCCCCGGUCCUUUUCAAUAUUUGUUUCCAGCUUCUGCUGGACUCACUUGCAGCCCCUGAAUUAAGUUGCCUCUCCUAUGAUUUUAAAUCUGCCCCUUUGCAAGUGUCCCAAACAGCUUUUGCUGAUGACUUAGGCCUCUAUAGCAAAUCUAGUGCAGGUUGUCAAAAACUCAUUGCGGUCACGGAGGACUUUCUCUCGUGGACCCAAUGUAUGCAGGCGGCGCCGCACAAAUGCAAAAGCAGUGCAGCAAAGCUUGUAGAUGGCCGGUACAAACCUUACGAUCCCUGCCUGACGAUGUCAGGGAGGAAGAUCGCUUUCAUUGACACUGCAGAGUUCAAGUUCCUGGGGCGAAGGCUGCAUGCUGAUUGCUCUGAGCAGACCCAGCGGGAAGACAUCCGUCAACUCACUGUAUCUCUCAUGCAAAAAGUAGAUGGCUCUUGGCUUCAAGACCACCACAAGCUAUGGCUUUACCACCAUCUUGUAGUGCCCAAGCUUUCUUGGUCUUUCCAGGUUCUUGAACUCACACAAGGUUUUGUACGUGAACUGCACUUUAUGUGUUUACCAUUUCUGAAGAAAUGGUCAGGCCUACCUCGAUGCGCAAACUCUGCCAUUCUUUUUAUUGGCAGUCGCAAACGCUUUGGCUUACGCCUCCACUACCUUCCUACGGUGUGGAAAAAGUGCCAGUCCAUCAAAUGGCACAUUCUUCGAUCGAGUGGGGACGCGCGCAUGAGGGCGCUGUACACUCUGCGUCGGAGUAAGGAUGCGAAGCUGACAAAGCGAUAUGCGGCGACAAUAGAGCUGGAGUGUGCAGAGGCAUCAGUAGGUUCAGGGACUCUCCGUCCACCGUCAUCUUCAAGUCAUCGUGCAGGGUUGGGUGCUCGUGCUCCGAAGCAGCAUUCCAAACCCCCGAGGAAGGAUCUCCUUCAAACAUUUGAGGAGAUCAACGCGCAGGAGCAGAUUUUGAGGCUGAAGACUCUUCAGGUGCAAGGCAAGUGGUUGGAGUGGACAUCGGUGAUGUGGCAGGACCUCUCGUGGAAAUCCCUUUUGUACGGUGGUACUGGUAAGGAUUUGAAAUUUCUUCUCGCAUCAACCCUCGACGUGCUACCUUCUCCGACGAACCUACGCCGUUGGGGAAACACUGUAGUGGAUCCGUACUGUAGUUUGUGCCGUACCUGGGCCUGUACUACGCGCCACGUGCUUGGCGCUUGUCGCGUAGCGCUGGACCAGGGACGUUACACCUGGAGGCACGACAACGUACUCGGGGUCAUCGUCAGGACCAUGCGUGAGGAGAUUCGAAUCCGCACUGCUGCAAACACCGUACAAACCGAAAAUUCAAAUGAGCUUGACUUCAUCUCGUUUUGCAAAGCGGGAGAGAAGCCAGUUCGCGUUCAGCCCAGACGAAAGUUGGUUACGACUGAUCUCCUGUCAGCGGCCUCAGACUGGAAACUUCUUGUCGACUCAGUUAGUGCAAAGAUUUCUUUCCCUAGCUGUGUUGCACUUACCACCCUAAGACCAGAUAUAGUUCUGUACUCUACGAGUCGUAGGAUUGUAUUCUGGAUGGAGUUGACAGUUUGUGCUGAGGACAGAUUCAGUGUCAGUAACUCGCGGAAGGACAGGCGGUAUGCGGAUCUGGCCGAUCAAUGCCGAGCAAACGGGUGGCAGGUCGUUUCUUUUUCGGUUGAGUAAGACGUCUCUGCGAAGCAGCUACAUCAUCUGGUUGCGGCGUCAGCAAAAACACUGGUCGGAAGAUCCACUUUUCUGAGG